UUACCGAAAAAACUAAGAAUAAGAGUGACACGUUAAAGACAAAAAAAACAUAACCAAAAACAUAACCAUGUUUUUUUACUGCAAAUUUACCCGGAGUCUAAUUUUGUUUGCUCUUAGUGCCUUUGUUAUUUCCACUGCUGCUUACAAGCCAAUCGUCAAUGUGCAUGGCUUGCUUGGAAAGUCAAGUGAUUUCAGAGUCUUGAAAAGGAACAUUGUGAGGGCACAUCCGAACACAAAGGUGAUCUCCAUCAAUAUCUAUAACGGAUUCAAAAGCCUGCAGCCCAUGUGGAAGCAAGUGCACGGUCUUGCGCGCAAGCUGCGGCCCAUCAUGAAGAGAUUCCCGAAUGGCAUCCACCUCAUCUGUUACUCGGAAGGUGGCCUGCUCUGCCGUGCAGCAUUGUAUUUAUCGCCGCAUCACAAUGUGGAUGCCUUCAUUUCGUUAGCUUCCCCACAGAUGGGCGAAUACGGAGUUCCAUCUGUUGUCAGGAAGAUCUUGCCUUUGCGAAGGUCAAAGGUCUACAAAUUCUGCUACAACAGAUUCGGCCAAAAACUGUCGCUAUGCAACUACUGGAAUGAUCCUAUCCAUCAUGUGCAAUAUAAAAAGUACAACAAAUUCCUGCCUCUUCUCAACAGUCAAAUAUACAACCAAUAUGCCAAUGUUUGGAAAAGGAAUUUUCUGCGCAUCAACAACCUGGUGCUCAUUGGAAUUCCUGCUGAUGGUGUGUUAAACCCUUGGCAGUCGAGCCUAUUUGAGACCUAUGACAAGAAAAUGAACAUCUUGCAUAUGAGGAAUCAGGAGGUCUACACGAAGGAUACCUUUGGCUUAUGCUCACUGAGUGAAACUGGCAAGAUCACAAAGUGCGUUGUUCCAGGCAUAACACACUCAAACUUCCUCAAAAGCAAUUAUGUAUUUCAAAAUUGUAUUGUAAGGUGGCUCAAAUAGGCAUGCUCAACGACCCUUGGUACUUGAGCCACGUGAUCAAACCUCUUUAUUGGUACCACCUCGGCCGGCAAAUGCUUACAAUUAUUUUAUUCAAGUAUUUUAUCUAUAGAUCACAAAUGAUAGCAAGGCUAUCCUGGUAGCUUUUUUAUGAGAAAAAUAUCAUCAAUGAGAGUGCAGUGUGGAGUAUGUUUAAUCGAAAAUAUAAAUUUGCGAGGGAAAAAAAUGAUAUGCAACAUCGACGGAAUGUAGACAAAACUAAAGGACGACAUGCUUAAUCAAAUGCAUCUCCUUCAAAGUAGUCUCCUCCUGAUGGAACACAGUGAUUCCAGCGGUCAUGCCAUUUGUCGAGGCAUCUUUCAUGAAGACUUUCAGGUCUCGAGUUGCAUUUUGGAUUACGGUUGGCACAUCCUGACAUGUCUUUCCUUUUGGGUGCGUUUCAAUCUAGAGGAACAGAAAAAAUAAGUCAUUUGUUUCCAAAUCUGGUGAAUAUGUAGGGCAAGGAACCAGCGGAAUGUUUUCCUUAGCCAGAAAUCCUUGUAUGGACAGUGCUGAAUUGUGACGGUGCGUUAACGUGAUGCAAGAUCCGCACACCCAACUCCCAUUUUUCAUGCCGUUUCCGCCGAUCUGCAUCUCAUGGGGCGUUUCAGAACGGCCAAAUAAAACAAACGAUUCACUGUCUGACCUUGUGGAACGAACACACCUUCACCGUCAAAAAAUACAAUCGAUAUCGUCUUCACAUUCGAGCGCACCUGUCUUUGGUCGAGGUGACUACGAUUGUCCUCCAAUAAAAAUACCAAGUCUCAUCACCUGGUUCCUCGCCCACCAAAUUAACCAGAUUUGGCACCAAAUGACUAGUUUUGUCUAAGUAAAAGUAGUCCCAGUACUUUUCUUGAUCAACCCUCGCACCCGAGGGUUCCUGCCGACAGUGGAUGAUGCUCCAAUCAUUUGCCACCACAGGUGGGACCCACCGAUACCUUUGACUCACUCGGUAGCAAUUUCAGAUUUCUCCUGCACGCUUUUACCGAAUGCAACACAAAAUACAACACCGUAUUUACAUGUUGAUUUUUUGUAUACAGAUUAUUAUUUUGAUUGCUUUUUUUCUAUCUCUUUUAUUCCAAUGAUGAGUGCUUUGCUUUUACAUCAAACGAUGUCAUACAACAAGUACAGUAUAUGACUUUUUGUUAAAUGAUUUUUGAAAAUACUACACUUGCGGAACAAGGAUGAGAAAAUUACAGCUCAUUUAACAUGAUUGUUUUUAUUUUGCUUGCAAGAAUAAUAAUAAAGUUGAUUCUAUUAAGCACACAUUGCUGUUUUUUUUUUUCAAAAGUGUGUUUCUUAACAUGUACAGUAAAU